UUAGGGUAAAUAAGAAACGUUGAAGGACAUUCUGUAUUUUAUCUUCACGCUCUAAAAAAAAUUGCUUUCAAUGGUGAAGAUGGUGUUUCAGGAGUACAUUUCAAUCUAAUUGCCGUGGGACCAGCGGUAUGUCACAGGUUUCUUUACCUGCCAUAUUGUUUGGGAUCAUCUCUGUUUUGGCAAUAGCAGUGGGUGACGAGAGAGAUUUCGGCCCGUGGUCUCGCUGGUCAGCGUGUAGUCAGUACUGUGGAUCAGGAGGAUUGAGAUAUCGUGUUCGCUCUUGCAUCCGUGAUGGAGACUGUCAGGGAAGAACUCUUCAAAUGUCCACAUGUUACAAAACAAAGUGCUACUUAAGCUGCAGGCAGUAUUUCGAGGACGGUUAUGAAAUUGAUGGAGUGUACAAGUUAUUUGUUGAUGGACCCUGUGAGAGACCUGUGAAAACAGUGUGUAACCAAUCACGAAGGUUUGGAGGCGGCUGGACUCUACUGGUGCAAGCUGUCACUAACAAAGGAUGGAACGACAGAACAAUACUUCAGCGUAACGCGUACGCCACUGCAAGGAAAAUCGGCAGGGCAGACUUUUCCAUAUUAGGAAAAGCUGACGUUAUCAAGCACGACCCAACAAACAGCAGUCCCUUUCUGUACCGCCUUGAUGCAAAUCAACCAGGCAGGUGGGGCGGAGUUUGGCAGGCUCCGAAUCACUACACGUUCACUGGGAAAUUUGCUAAUUUAACUGGAGUCACGAUGUUUAAGAAAUUCGACAACUGGAAAAGCGGACCUUUUGCCAUAAGCGAUCGAAUGCCCUGGUUGCCAAGGCUAGACGAUUUGGCUCUGCUGACAACCAAUGACAAACUGAUAGAGCAAAUACCCUGGGGAACAAUAGUCUCGCGUCACUUGUGGCCUUAUAACCCUGCUCCCUGGAUUUUCUUGGACAUGAUAUAUCCUGGCAAAAUAUGGUACUGGUUAAAGGAAGGGAAGAAAGGUAUGUUAAAGUAUUUUUGUCAACCCAAGUAAGGAACAAAUAAUUUCUGCGAUACAAGAACGAGAUACAUCGCUUUUUAUGCGCGAGAUACAUGUUUGCACCCUCACGUUUUACAUCGUAUAGUAUUGCAAGCUCAAUCUUUUUUGGAUUAACGACUUUUACGUUGAGCAUUAAGACAAUUCAAGUCAGGCCUUUCCACAAAUAUUACGUAAAAUCGCCUAAUUAUCUUUCCUGUAAUUCUGCAAAACUUUUUUUAAUAUUUCGAAAAACCCUCUAAAUAUAUAUGUCGCAUUUUUGUUUUUAAAAUAAACUGCUUUUGAAUUACUUGGGCUAGAGUUUUUAAACUGUUCUUGUGCAGGAGCCCUGUGUUGUAGUAGUUGGAGCUGGGGAGCAAGAUUCUGGCAAUUCGAUGUUACCACCAUCCACCGUUUUGGGAAAUAGCUGAUUUAGCGCUUUUAGUCGAGAUAGAAUACAUUUUUCAAGUGGAAAAUCGCUAAACUUAAUAUUUUUAUCAUAGAGCUGAGUAUUGUUUCAAGAAAAUAGCGAAGAAAACACAGCAUGCACAGGGUUAAUUAAGCCCCGAAAAGUUCCAAAUAUUUCUAAAUAUCCCCAAAUUUUCUAAAUAUCUUAAUAUUUCUAAA